AAAGCUUUAAACCGCAUUUAUUUAAAUAGGUUAUCAUUCUUAUUUGAUACCACAGUAACGCAGGCUCUUGAUCUUGUGGAUCGCAAGUGCAUAUCCCAUAUAACAUCGCCCAGUGGUAGAGAACUUUAUCAAAUUCAAAGAAGCCUUACAGAAUUCUAUAUCUGCUUAAAUAAUUGCAAUUACUGUACAUGUGCAUCAUUCUCUUUUCAUGUUCUCAGAAAAGGGCAAUAUAUGUGCAAACAUAAAUUAGCAACUCUACUAAGUUCAGCCAUGGGAUUGUGCAAAGAAGUACAAUAUUCUGAUGAAACUGUUGCCUUGAUGCUUGAAGGCGAAGGUUAAUUCAUACAUAUCGUCAAACCAUAUUUCUGCUGCAUUAUAUUUCGGUACAACUUAAUGUAAAAAUUAUUAUAUUUCUUUUUAAAUUAAAAAAAGAAAUAUCAGUUAA